GGCAUCUGGUGCUGGUUGCUGCGGUAGCGUGAGGUAACCAUGGAGACGUAGACAUAUCCUGUGUUAGCUGAACUGGUGUCCCACAAAUUCGGCUUACACCUUUACCUGCUUGUUCAAAAAGAUAAGAUACGUUGCUUUCCAGUGUUACGCUUGAAACGCUUUGGGCUAAUGUAACAGAGAGCUAGCCAAAAUAUUCUCUCCGGGUAAACACCGCACGUCAAAUACUUUUUUCCACCGUUGACGUGACAUCACGUAAAAUGUUCAGGAAUAAUUAUCAGGGUGGAGCUGUGGUUGAGCUCUUCAGUGGACAGGGAAAAGACCCUGUAGCAAGAUGGAAACUUUGCGGAGGGCCGUCAGCCAUUCAUAAGGAGUAUGAUAAAGAGGUAAAAGGAUUUGUUUACUACCUGGAGGGUAGCAGCCAGACAGUCAAGAUGCAAAUGCCAGAGAAUGGGAAAAUGUCUCUCGGGCUUCUCCAAAGAUUCUUGGUCCUUCAAGUGAAUAUUCCGCAGUGCAAAGAUUUUUCCAUUGAGCUUGUGAUAACUGAUUCAGAGCACCUGAAAAGAAGACUUCACUUAUCAACAGUGCAUAAAGAAUUGUCCGCCACACUUUUGCAUGCAAAAAUACCUUUUGUAGGAUUGAAACGCAAUAUUUGGUCUACUUUGUGCAUCGACCUUGUAUCAUUCACCGGUGAACUGUUCAAGGGAUUUUUGACACUGGAUGGCAUCACAUUGUUCGCUACCUGUAAAGUCCGCAGAAUCUUCACCAUGAAAACAGAGCCUACAGGAAUGUCAGAUGAUGAUAAGUUUCUCAGUGGAGCUGGUCUCAUGGACUUGAUCCCUCGCAGUUGCCAGUUCCCAACAGAUGUCAACCAUGUCACUCAGGUGUUGAACAUGGAGAAUUCGCAGAAGGCAGAUAUGAGGGCUGGAUUGUUGCGCUCUGACUGUGUUACUGAUCAGACUGCCACUGCCAGAUCAACUAGUUAUCGAAGAACCAGGCCCAGGGGUGUUUUACACACAGCCGCAGGCUCCAGGGUUUCAGGGCCACCCCCUCAAACUGGAAGAAAAAGCAGUGCAGCUGCAGACGGAAUGGACAGAAGUGUACUCUUUAUCUCAAAUACGGGAUUCCCGUCCAGUAGAACGAACCAAAAAGUUGCUGCAGAAAAUCAGAGCAUUGCCAACAUGAGUGAGAAUUUAUCACACAGAGAACCUUCCCACAUUCUUCUUGAGGCUUUUCUAAUGUUGGAAGUACUGAAUGUAGGUACACCUGGAAGUUUACAGCCACAUCCUCCAAAAGACAGAGUGUUUGACAAACAGGGAUCUAAGAAGCUACACGUCUACAGUGCUGGAAGAGAGAUGAUAGCAUCGUCAGAUGCUGUACCUGGUGGCCACAGAAAGAGAAGUAAAACCAGGGAGAAGUGCACUCCUCCAUCCACUCCAUCCAGUAGGCAGGAGAGCAGGCAACAACCUAUAACAGAAAACACAAAGUGCCUAACAGCAGAUGAAUGUAGCUGCAGUCCUGCCAAGGAAAGUUCAGGAGCUGCUCCCACACCAGCAGAGUCUCUCUCCUGCACGAUCUGGCCAGGUUUGUCUUGUGACCUGCAGGUCUGGAGCAGCUGGGAGAGUAAUGAGGGGUCCGAGCCCCAGCUCACUCUGCAAGAGGAGGUGUUCACUUUCUCAUCCCAGCCACACUCACCCAAAAGAGGGCAAGGCCAGGGUGACCAGGAGAAGAUGGAGAUGGGAGAUGAUCAGGUUCAGAGCAAAAGUGAGAGGCGGUAUGAGGCCCAACCUGAAGAUGACUUCAUCGGCAGUGAAAGUGAUGAGGAUAAGAGCUACACCACGUUCCAGCAUCACAGAACUAGUGUUGAGUCCAGCCCUGGUACUCCCAGAUCUCCCAAUCCAACUUUGGAUGUUCAAGUCCAUCCUGAAUCUCAUAACAUGGACCAAACAACACCAAAAGUCCAGUCCAGUCCAGCUACCACCAGUAUGCAGUUUCCAUCCAGUGGGAGAACUGAAACAGCUGGGAUUGUCCCCACACGCUGCCUCUCACCCAGUGCGACACACUGCAAACAGGAACACAAGUGUGGCCCACGUGGAUCAGAGGUAGUGAACCAGGUUGUGAAUGGGAACAGCAGUGUAUCACUUUCUAGGAGACUCCUGCAAGAAGUCAAAUUGGAUGAUUCCACACAGCACAAGGAAGAAGAAGACAACACAAUGAAGCCUGUUGAUUCCAGCGAUUACAACGUACGCCUGCUUAGCAGUCUACUAAUGCAUGGGGAUGAUGAUGAGGAGCUUCGAAUGCUGGCAAGUCUAAAAAGAGAGCAGGAGGAAGAUGAACGCAGAGCCUCAGGCCUCAGUGCAUCUCAGAUCCACCAGUGUAAUGUCAGCAUCAGCAUGAGCAGCGACGACACCUCUACCUGGACCCACAUCUCCAUGCCAGCUAAUCAGGGUCACCACUAUCAGAAGGAAAUGAACCCCCUCCUGCAAUCGAACCCCAGGGAGUGGAUGGAUGUGCUCAGCCCUCCUAUUAUGCCUCCCAGCCAGCGGAGAAGGUCAGGCAACACAUGGAACUAUCGGGAAAAUCUAAUCGAAGGAGGGGAUGAGACGGCGAAUGAAAACGAGGACGAGUAUUUGAAUCUGCUCUACGAUCCUUGUCUGAACUGCUAUUUCGAUCCAAAGACGGGGAAGUACUAUGAACUAGCUUGAAUCAAAGCUCAAGAGAAUCAAAAUUAAUAAAUCAGAAGUCACUUACAGUGGAUAAAUGGCUUCAGGAUUUUUUUUAGGCCUAGCUUAUUGAUCAGCAAUGAAUACCCCAUUCACAAAACCCUUUCCAUGUUGCUGCUUUUGUUUUUGAGAGACUACGCUUUGUGUCUCCAUAAGUAGUGUCAUAUUAGUGUGUAAAGGAGAUAAAUCAGAUACAUGUUUUUUGCAAGGAAUUCAGUUGUUGCCCAUUCAGUAGCACAUCUGAUGGUAGAGAGAGUCUUUUCAGAAGUCUUGGCUAGCAAAUGAAUAUGUAAGCCUUUUGAAAGAACAUCCUGGAGCUUCUUUUUACGAAGAUUUCUGACAUUUAAAUUUUGCCUGGAUUAGUAUUGCAGUAUAGGUCAUUUUGUUUUUUAUUUAUCAUCAUUUGUGUAAAAAAGUAAUUGAAGAUCUGUUGAUGUGUGUAUAUAUUGUUUGGAAUUAAAUUUGAAUUGAAAUGA